UCCAGACUCAGUGCACGGGGCAGGUCUCCGGCCAUAAGGAGCCGUCUGAGGAAGAACCGCCCGAGGGGAAGAUUCACACACUGCGACAGACACCGGACAGACAUGGAGAAGCGGCUCCUCUCACUGCUCUGCCUGGCAGCCCUGCUGUGUGCCGGCCAGUGCGACGUGCAGAGAGGUGACAACAAUGAAAAUUUGACCUUGAGAACAUUUUACAGCAUUUCUGUUGAUGACGAAUUUGAAGAAUUUCCAGACGAUGCAAUUGAUGCGUCUGGGGAAGAGUCAGGAUUUGAGCCAAUUUUGCCUCGUAGCCGAAGCAUAAUUGUAGAGUUACGGAAGAAUAUCACAACAGAAGCUGAACACUACCUCAGCAGUCAAUGGUUGACCAGAAUCGUACCAUCGGUGUACACCCUGGUAUUCAUUGUGGCUCUACCUCUGAACGUAAUGGCCAUCAUCAUAUUCCUGUUCAAGAUGAAAGUCAGGAAACCAGCAGUGGUGUACAUGCUGAACCUGGCCGCCGCUGACGUGCUCUUUGUUAGUGUACUUCCUUUCAACAUAGUGUACCGCUUCUCUGGGAAUGACUGGCUCUUCGGAACCGGAAUGUGCAGAUUUGUCACGGCCGCGUUUUACUGUAACAUGUACUGCUCCGUCCUGCUCAUGACCAGCAUCAGUGUGGACAGGUUCCUGGCUGUGGUCUAUCCGAUGCAUUCGCUUUCCUGGCGGACAAUGAGUCGGGCCUGGCUGGUCUGUUCUUUCAUCUGGAUCAUAUCUCUUGCUAGCGUUGUGCCGCUCUUCUUGAGUGAGCAAACUCAACGCAUUGACUCACUAGGCAUCACCACCUGCCAUGAUGUUCUGGACCUGAAAGACCUAAAGAGCUUUUACCUCUACUACUUCUCCACUUUCAUCAUGGUCUUCUUCUUCUUUCCGUUGAUUAUUACAACCAUCUCCUAUGUUAUUAUCAUCUAUAAUCUGAGCAUUUCCAGCCUCAAAAACUCGUGUAAGAAGACCCGAGCCUUGGUCUUGGCUAUUAUCGUGCUUUGUGUUUUUAUCAUGUGCUUCGGACCAACCAAUUGUAUCUUUUUGAUUCAUUACUUGUAUUUCCGUCAUGGGGCCAAUGAGUCUUUGUAUUUUGCCUAUAUACUUUGCGCCUGUGUCAGCAGCGUCAGUUGCUGCCUUGACCCUCUCAUCUAUUAUUACGCCUCGUCACAGUGUCAGAGGUACUUGUACAGUUUGGUGUGCUGUAAGAAGUCAGAAGAACCCAUCAGCAGUAGUGCUCAAUUAAUGAGUUCGGGAAGCAAAAACGAGACUGGUAUCACGACUGUCAAGAACAGCAUAUACCGAAAACUCUUAACCUAGACAUGACCAACCUCACCCAGAUAUGUCAUGUUUUACAGCACAGGUUGCGCUUUACCGCAUCAUUCUGAUUGUACGGCUUGGGCUGUUCCGUGCAGAACAGUCUUUUGUUCCAGCACUAUGCUCAUAUGUGUGUGGUGACCUAGUAAGGAGUUAAUGAUUCUGUCACUCUCUAAAUCAGGGGUGUCAAACUCAUGGCCCUCCAGCUGUUGCAAAACUACAACUCCCAGCAUACAACUCCCAGCAUACAACUCCCAGCUGUGGGUUGUCUGAGCAUGAUGGAAGUUGUAGUUUUGCAACAGCUGGAGGGCCAUAAGUUUGACAUAUGUGUUCAAAAUUGUAUGUAAGCAUAUAAUCAUCACCUUCACAAGCUCCACAGGUAUAUGGGGUAUUGAGUUGUGUUUUUAUUCUGCAGACAGUAUUUUGUGAAUAUGAUCCUAUAUAGAUCUUUACCUUUAAGAUUUUUCUCACAGCUAGAGAAUCGUUGUUAAAAAAGAAAGUUGAGGUCUGCAACUUUUUGACAAUUUGACCUUUUUUGAUCUUCUUUCUCUACAAUUUCCAUAAGAAACUGUUUUAUGUGGGUGCUCAACAACCAUAGCUCUAGGCCAGUGCAGCAGGGGUGGCACGUAUAGGACUGUACAUGGAGGAAAUGGAAAGUUUUUAGCCACUACGUUUACAGUAGUGAUUUACAUGAACAACUUGUACUUCAGGUUUAGAAAUCCAAUAAAUAAGACUGUGUUUUCAGGACAGCGGGAGCAUUACAUAACGAGGAGCCAUUAUAUUGCAGUGGAGCAUUUCUACUAUAUCAUAAACCUUGACCAUAUUGCAGUAUAUCUGCUGUGCAGGUGCUUGCUGAAGAAUAUUCUUAAUUGAUUACACCGUAGUCAUGUUAUUCUUGCAAAUCGACCAAAAGCUUCCAGUACCAGAUCAUCUAGAAUAGAGUUCCUCAGGGCCCACCUGCCAGUCAGGUUUUCAGAAUUUCUAUAGUAUGGAACAGGUGAUAUAGAUAGUGUCAGUGUCAUUCUGUGGGAUAUUCUCAAAUCAUGACCUGAGGACUGGGGUUGAGGAACACUGAUUAAAGCGGCUCUGUCACCAGGAUCAACCCUGUUAUUAUUGUUGGUUAAAACCAUACCUUUAUUUUGUCUGUAUGCUAAACAGCUGCAGAGAAAUCUGCAUUUUUAUUAAUAUGCAAAUAGCCAAUUGGAGCACCAGGAGGCAGGGCUGAAUUGUUUGAGCACUGCUGUGUACCACCCCCUGUGCUCUGCACACACCCCCUCCCCUUGAUUGACAGGGCUAGACAGCAUGCUGAGAGCAGAGCUGUUUCUAUUAUCUACAUAUCAUAUACACUAUGUACUAUAGCUUCACCACACUGAGAUCUGCUUAGAAAGCUAAUCUACAUAUUACUGCUUUAUUCACAAGCACAAUGUAUGAUCAUAAACACCAGUGAUAUAUGUUAGCUUAUAAGCCUAAAAAACACAGCUCUAUAUGGUGCUGCUAUAGCUUAUUGGUAAGUCUUCUUGUCUAGCCUGUCAGUCAAGGGGAGAGGGGAGUGUGCAGAGCACAGGGGGUGUUACAAAGCAGUGCUCAAAGGAUUCAGCCCUGCCCCCUGGUGCUCAAACUUGCUAAUUUGCACAUGACUAAAAACUGAUUUCUCUGCAACUGUUUGGCAUACAGACAAAAGAAAGGUCUAGUUUGAAUCAGCAUGAUGAGCCCUACCAGCCAGUAUGUCUGGAUUUAUAGGGUUCAUCCUGGUAACAGAGCCGCUUUAAGAAUAUAAACUUCUGUCAGAGACAAACAGCAAAGCCUAGGUGCCCAUCAUCUUACCUGUAUAGUGGUAGAUGGAUUAGAAAAACAUGGAUGCUUUCUUCCAAAAACAUCACCACGCCUGUCCACAGGUUGUGUGCGGCAUUGCAGCUCCACCCUAAUGACUCCAAUAGAGCCGAGCUGAAAUACCAUACACAAUCCUUGGACAGGAGUGAUGCUGGACAACCCCUUUAAAGACCGUAAAGGACGUGAUGAAGAGUUGUCUGCGUAGAGAUACCUGUCGAGGUCCUUCUGCAAUGUCUGCCCUAUAUUCUUUUCAUGUAUGUAACAAACUGAAGGAAAAUUAUUUUUUAGAUAUUUUGUCAGGUUAGUAAGAUUUUAAUCUAUGCGUUGACUUACCAUAACCUAUUACUAUAUAGAGAUUCUCCUGAUGUAGAUGCCUCUGGCCGUUCGAUCUGUCAUGAUUAUGCUGUCAUAUUAGUGUGUGAAGUAUACUUGGCGAGACUGAAUUGCGUCAAAGAAUAUUCCAUUAUUUGUGUCAUUAAUCAGCUCUGUUAUACUGUGUAUCGUACAUGUGGGUCUUUUAAUCUUAUAAUCUGUACAUCUUUUAUAGCCCUUUAUCAGGCUGAGGCCUCAUGCACACGACCGAAGUUCAAUGGGCCCGUGGAAAAAUCGGAAAAUGCACCGUUUUGCAGCCGCAUCCGUGAUCCGUGUUUCCUGUCCGUCAAAAAAAUAUGACCUGUCCUAU